GGCCCGCCCUUGCCCCUUACUCCAGACCCUUGGCGGUGGGGCCCUUAGAACCACCUGCGCCUCGCCGGGUCCAGCCGACACCCCGGAGCCAGGAAGCGACAUGGCAGCUCCUGCAAAGGCCGAGAACCUGUCCCUGGUGGUGCACGGACCUGGGGACCUUCGCCUGGAGAACUACCCAAUCCCUGAGCCAGGCCCAAAUGAGGUGCUACUAAAGAUGCAUUCUGUGGGGAUCUGCGGAUCAGAUGUUCACUACUGGCAGCAUGGCCGAAUUGGAGAUUUUGUUGUGAAAAAGCCAAUGGUGCUUGGGCAUGAAGCUUCUGGAACCGUCAUAAAAGUAGGAGAGAUGGUGAAACAUCUAAAACCAGGUGAUCGGGUUGCCAUCGAGCCCGGUGUUCCCCGAGAAACAGAUGAGUUCUGCAAGAUUGGCCGAUACAACCUGACUCCGUCCAUCUUCUUCUGUGCCACACCCCCCGAUGACGGGAACCUGUGUCGGUUCUACAAGCACAGUGCUGAUUUCUGCUACAAGCUUCCUGACAAUGUCACCUUUGAAGAAGGGGCCCUGAUUGAGCCUCUCUCUGUGGGGAUCUAUGCCUGCCGUCGAGGUUCAGUUUCUCUGGGGAAUAAGGUCCUUGUGUGUGGAGCUGGGCCCGUUGGGAUAGUCACUUUGCUUGUGGCCAAAGCAAUGGGAGCUGCCCAGGUGUUGGUGACUGACCUAUCUUCCUCUCGGUUGGCCAAAGCCAAGGAAGUUGGAGCUGAUUUCACCCUCCAGGUUGCCAAAGAGUCUCCUCUGGAAGUUGCCAGUAGAGUGGAAAGUAUGCUAGGGGGCAAGCCGGAAGUCACUAUAGAGUGCACAGGAGCAGAAUCCUCCAUCCAGACGGGCAUCUAUGCCACACACUCUGGUGGGACCUUGGUGAUUGUGGGAAUGGGCUCUGAGAUGGUCAAUUUACCCCUAAUGCAUGCAUCUGUGCGGGAGGUGGAUAUCAAGGGCGUGUUUCGAUACUGCAACACGUGGCCAAUGGCGAUUUCCAUGCUUGCAUCGAAGGCCUUGAAUGUGAAGCCUUUAGUUACCCAUCGAUUUCCUCUGGAGAAGGCUGUAGAAGCCUUUGAAACCUCCAAAAAGGGAUUGGGGCUGAAAGUUAUGAUCAAGUGUGACCCCAAUGACCAGAACCCCUAAUGUGAAUUCAUCUGUGCCCUCAGCCUACCCUCUCAGCAUCUAAGGGCUAAUGGCUGGGAAGGGGAGGCCCUGGAUGCAGAACUUUCUUUUGAAUGGUAAAAAUAAUUAACUCAUAAUAAGCAGAGAGCCUUAGGGGAGUUGGUGUGCCUUAAAGACAGAGGUAGGGGCACUCUGAGGGACUUUGUAGCCAGAAUGAGAUGCUUGUAUUGAGGAAAGUCUAGUAGAGAGAGCAGAGUUUGGCAGUGCUGGGAGCUUCCCUCUUCCUCUGGUACCUUCUUUGGUGAGGACAUAAACCCCCUGAAGUCUGAGUUCCACUGUGAUGGCCAGGGGGUGGGGCUGACUCAGGAAGAAAGGACUUCGUUAAGAUGGAAGUGGCCCCAUAGCUGAUCCUUUGGUCUGGAUGAAUGGUUGUCAUCUGUUGUAGUUCAGAGAAUGGUGUUUGUCAAGCCAAGCUUCAUUUGGUUUGAUGAUAAAAGGGGAAUAAGAAAUGGAACUCGCCUUCUGGAUCCAGGAUAAAAACCAAUCAAAAGAACGAAGCAAAUCCCGUAUGAAGUGCAUUAGCUUACAUUCCCCAAAUGUGGGAGUAAGGGCACUCACCUCUGUCCAAGGACCACCUCUUCCUCAAUGCCUAAGAAUUCAGUCAUUACAUUUGUAAAGUGGAAGACCACCUUCCCAACACUGCUGUUCACAGUAAGGAGCAAUGCCAGUUGCUAGGCAACCAGGAGCCUUCCACCUGAAGAUCUUAAAUCCUGCCUAAUUGGUACUAGAAGGCUUGUGUUCCCAUGCUCACUCACAGGCAAUUGUUACCCCAUUCCACUCAGUUCUGGCUAUCUGAAAAUGUCCCCUUCUCAUAGCUGGGUAAGGCUGGUGGCGUCUGUUGGGUGGACACCACAGAAUUUUUCAUCCCAGGGCUUUUCUAUAUAAGAUUUGGGUUCAAAUCACACCCUUUGUGAUCUUAAAAUAAUUAAGAGUAACAGUGAUGUAACUUGGGCUACAGACUUUAACCCACCUCUUCGGCUGCGGGUAGAGAAUGGCUGAAAAGAAUCUGCUGGAGAAGAUCGUGGCCAAUAACUGAGCUUUGCAAAAUAAAUUCUGUCGCUGGUGUCGGA